AUGUCUAAAGUCUUUUACAAUCUCUAUACCACUAAAGUUGAUGUUGAUAAUUGGAUCCAAAUUGGUUAUUCUUAUCCUCUAAUUGAAGUGAACGUUGUGAGCAAGCUUAAUAAAGAGUUGAAGGAUGAUGAAAUGAAAGAGCUAUCUUUGAUAAUGGCUCCUUGGAAAUCUCCGGGGCCUGAUGGUUACCCGGCUAGUUUCUUCCAACAAUCUUGGAAUAUGGUGGGAAACAAUAUUGAGUUUGGUAUUGUAAUCGAAAUUGGAAUGGGGCUGGAUAGUUCAAAAAUCACAACUGAGAAGUUGCAGUUUCGUGAACACCGUCGAGCGAGCAGGGGUGAGGAGAGCGCUCAAGCGUCAUCGAGCGAGACAAGCGGCGAUGGAAUUGGUAGAAAAAGUGAGCUACUGGAAAAUGUAUAG